AUGGACCAGAGUGAAGACAUGAACAUCUCCUGGGAACAGAAGGUGGGUUGUGGUGACCAGCUGUGCAGAGCCUUCUGGGCGUGGAGGUUAACCAUCCCACAAGAAGGCUUCUGCGGGGUGAUGUCAACAGGCCCUGACAGCUACAGAGAAGCCUACGUUUCCAUCUUUGCCAGCUCUCCUGUCCUAAACUCACGCUCAGAAGAAGAUACUGGGCCUUCUGGUGACCUGAUGGGGUUGAGCUGUGGAGCCCUUCUCCCUGAUUUUAUUGCAAGGCAGCCAGCAAGACUAGUCAGUAAUUACCUCAGCGCCCACCAGGAACUGGGAGGCAGUAGGCUUAGUACACUCAGUGCUCUGGGCUUUCUGGCCUUCGAGGAAGAAGCCGCCAGGGUUAAUUCCUGCACCGAAGCAAGGAGGUGCAGGCAGGCCCAGGCUGACCCCUCGCCAAAGGCUCCACCUGGUCCACCUCGCCCCGCCACCCUGUUCCUCCACUCCUUCCGCACGACGCUGGCCUCCACGAGCGCUAAGGGCCAGGCUCUAUGGCUACUCACCGAGUUACUCCUCAGAACAACCCUGAUAAUUAAAGGUGCUAAAAAGGAAAAGAAAAACAGGCACUCCAUGAAUCCAUCUAUAAGACAGCAGACUCAGCUCAAAGGAGGCUGGGCCCUGGUCCUUCUCCAGGGACCUGCGCAGAAGGGGAGAGGCAGCACGUGGAAAGGAGGGCAGCUGGAGCGUGGAGUUCCGGAGUUUGGAGUUCAGCCAAAGGCGCUAACGGAUAACUUUGCUGAUGUCCAGGUGUCUGUAGUUGAUUGCCCUAAUUUGACUAAGGAGCCAUUUACCUUUCCCGUAAAAGGUAUCUGUGGGAAAACUAGAAUUGCAGAAGUAGGAGGUGUACCUUACUUUUUGCCUCUUAUAAGUAAAAAAAAAAAAAAAGUUUAUGAUCUAAAUAAAAUCGCAAAAGAAAUCCAGCUUCCUGGAGCUUUUGUUCUUGGAGCAGGAGCAGGCCCGUUUCAAACUCUUGGAUUCAAUUCUGAGUUUAUGCCAGUUGUUCAAACAGAAAGUGAACACAAACGUCCAGUGAAUAGAAGUUACUUUGCUCCUGUUAACUCGGCAGAGGGAGGGUGCCUACUGGAGAAAUACAGUGAGAAAUAUCAUGAUUUGGGGUGUGCAUUACUGGCUAAUCUUUUUGCCAGUGAAGGCCAACCUGGAAAGGUCAUUGAGGUGAAAGCCAAAAGAAGAACUGGAAAACUAAAGUUUGUGACUUGUGUGAAACACACUCUUGAAAAACAUUAUGGAGAUAAGCCUGUAGGAAUGGGAGGUACUUUCGUGAUUCAGAAGAGAAAAGUGAAGAUUCACAUUAUGCCGGCAGAAUUUUCUUCCUGCCCAUUGAACUCUGAUGAAGACUUGAAUCAAUGGUUACGUUUUCAUGAGAUGAAGGCUCCUUUGGUUUCAGUUUUUAUCUCCAGAGACCCAGGGUUUGAUUUGUGGUUGGAGCACACUCCUUGUUUCAGUCAUCAUGAAGAAGGUGGACACUACCAUUAUGACACCACCCCAGACAUAGUGGAAUACCUUGGAUACUUCUUACCUGCAGAGUUUCUCUGCAUUGAUCAACCAACAGAGACCCAUUCAUUUGGGCGAGAUUAA